AUGGACCAGAUUAAUUCAUUGAAAAAACAAGGAAUAGAUGCAUGCUGGUUAGAUUUUGAUUGUCAAAGUGGCCAGGCCCUAGCCGACGAUAUUUCUGAUGAUGAGGAGGACACAGUUCCACAGGGUCAAGGUGUUGUUAUUAAUGUGCCUUUAGAGGACAUCAUUACAGGAAAAUUCACUUUGGUAUAUGCUCACCCAGAGGCGCUUCUCAGCACCGGUAAAGGGACAUACUUAUUAAGUGCAAUGAAACGAAAGGGCAUUAUUGCAUGCAUAGCUAUUGAUGAAGCACACAUGAUACUUGAAUGGAACAAAAUAGUAUUUGAGGCCACACUUAAAAAACAUAUCCAGUUAUACUGUGUGCCUAACUUAAAACUUUUGAGCAUUUUACAUCCAGAAGUGGAGCUGACGACAGUUUGA